AUCCAUUUUUAACUGACACUUGCCGGCUGGACGGGAAACAGUGCGCAAAGUGGAUGGAAAUGUCUCUCUCAAAGAUACCGAUUUGCCGAAUUUGCCUCACGAACGAUGAGCUGCAGGUGUCGCUGUUUAGCGAAUACGCCCAGCGGAAGCUGCUGCUAACCAAAAUACGCGUCUGUUUGCCGAUAACUAUCACUCACGCGGAUACGCUGCCGGUAACGAUCUGCAGCCAGUGCAUCAUUCGGUUGGAGCAGUUCUACGAAUACUACUGCAAAUCGGAAACGUCACAACGGAUUCUGACGGAAGGAACCGGUAUACUCUCCCGCCCGCGUAAAACGCCACCGGAAAGUUAUACGCUUAGUGUCACAGGGACCGACAACGGCCAGGCGAGCGGCCUGGUAGCCGACCAGAUGGACCCGAUUCUGACUCAAUCGCCGCAGGUCAAAGGACCGGUAGUACAGAAAGAGAUGCAAUCCAAUGCGUCGGGUUCGCCGGAUUCGACCUUAAGCUUUUUGCAGCAGGGAACGAGAAAACGAAAGCACAAGAAAUCAUCGACGCAGAAUACAUUCUAGACACUAUCGAACCGGUUUGUCUUUCAUAGUUAAGUCUAUUAAUAAAUGAUUGCCAAUUCAUAAGGUA